AUGUUUAAGUUUGAUGUAUUACGUGGGAUCGUCUUCCUUCUCCUUUUCAAUUUCAUUGAAGGUAUUGUAAUCAGUUCACCUACUAUAACAGACGGUUCAAUUUCUACCCUUCAAGAUAUCACUAUUCUCUCAAAUGCUUACUGGUCCAUUCUUAACAAUGAAGAUACAGACAUUUCUGGUCUUUUAAGUGUGGCCGAAAAUGCCGGUUUCUUUAUUUCAAGUACUGCUAGUAAUGUUGGUUUAACGGUUACUUUAGCUUCAGCUGCAUCUGUCAUUAAUAAUGGGUUAGUUAUUUUCAAUUCUUUUGACUCGGCACAAGCUCCUAUUUAUACUAUAUCAGGUUCAAGUUUUAAUAAUACCGGUGAUUUUUAUUUGGUAGCAAAUUCGCAAGCAGGAAUUCCAAGUAUGUCUAUCACAGGUACAUCCUCUUGGUCCAAUACCGGUUUACUUGUGUUUAAUGCUUCCGAUAGUUCAACAACUAAUGUGGGAUUUGGUUCUCCAAUCACUAAUUCAGGUCAAAUUUGUAUUAUCAAUGGUUUAUAUCAACAAUCUAAUUCCAUUGCUGGUACUGGUUGUAUGACCUUAGAUGAUGAUUCCGCCAUAUAUUUAUCUACCUCUGCAGAAGCAAUUUCAUCAACUCAACAAUUUUAUUUAGCAGAUAAUUCCUCAUCUGUAAGAGUUGCUGCUGCUAGUAACACUAGAACGUUCAAUGUGGCUGGAUAUGGUGAUGGUAAUUUCAUUGCACUUGAUGUAUCUCUUACUAGUUUUACUUAUACCAAUGCUACUGGUAUUUUGACUUUAACUGCCGCUGCUGAAGUUCAAAAUUUCUAUAUUGGAUCAGGUUAUAAUUCUUCAUUAUUAUCCAUGGUUUCAAACAGUCCACGCGGAUUAUCUUCUUUAAUUAAUAAUGCCGUAACAUAUUCUGGCCCAGUGCCUAAUCCAGUACCAUCAAUUUGUCAACCUUGUACACCUGUGCCACCUAUUCCUGGAGAUUACAAUUCUACUACUUACACAACUACCAUUACAACUACUUUAAGUGAUGGUUUUAUUGAAACUGAUUCCGGAGUUGUCGUUAUAACCAUCGAUUCAGGAGGCGAAGUAGAAAGCAAUACCUCAUGGUUCCCAUCUCCAAGUGAUCCAUUCACUCUUUAUACUACCACUUUCACUACCACUGAAUCUGAUGGAUUUGUCGCUACCGAUUCUGGUGUUGUAGUUGUCACUGGUUAUUCAGAUGUAAGUGAUAUUUAUACAUCAACAUCUCUAUUUCCUACAUCAAGUGAUCCAUUCACUCUUUAUACCACCACUUUCACUACUACCGAUAGUAAUGGAUAUGUUGCCACUGACUCCGGUAUUGUUGUUGUUACAGGUUAUUCUGAUAUAAGUGAUAUUUAUACUUCCACAUCUUUAUUCCCAACCUCAAGUGAUCCAGACACUACUUACACUACAACCUUUACCACCACAGACAGUAAUGGUUACGUGGCUACUGAUUCUGGUGUUGUUGUUGUGAGUGUUGAUUCAUCAGGCACCGAGACUAGUACUUCCUUAUUCCCUACCUCGAGUGAUCCAGACACUACUUACACUACUACUUUCACCACUACAGACUCCAAUGGAUAUGUUGCAACUGAUUCUGGUGUCGUUGUAAUUAGUGUUGAUUCAUCGGGUACUGAAACCACAACCUCCUUGUUCCCAACAUCUUCUGAUCCAGACACUACUUAUACCACGACCUUCACCACAACUGAUAGUAAUGGUUAUGUGGCUACUGAUUCUGGUGUUGUUGUUGUUAGCGUCGAUUCUUCGGGCACUGAAACAACUACCUCCUUAUUCCCUACCUCAAGUGAUCCAGACACUACCUACACUACUACUUUUACUACAACUGAUAGUAAUGGAUAUGUUGCAACUGAUUCCGGAGUUGUUGUUGUCAGUGUUGAUUCUUCUAGUACUGAAACUAGUACUUCCUUAUUCCCUACCUCAAGUGAUCCAGACACUACCUACACUACUACUUUUACUACAACUGAUAGUAAUGGAUAUGUUGCAACUGAUUCCGGAGUUGUUGUUGUCAGUGUUGAUUCUUCUGGUACUGAAACUAGUACAUCCUUAUUCCCUACCUCAAGUGAUCCAGACACAACUUAUACCACCACUUUCACUACCACCGAAUCUGAUGGUUUUGUUGCUACUGAUUCCGGUGUUGUUGUUGUCAGUGUUGAUUCUUCUGGUACUGAAACUAGUACUUCCUUGUUCCCAACAUCUUCUGAUCCAGACACUACAUACACUACUACUUUCACUACUACAGACUCCAAUGGUUAUGUUGCAACUGACUCUGGUGUCGUUGUUAUUAGUGUUGAUUCUUCAGGUACUGAAACCACUACUUCCUUGUUCCCAACAUUUUCCGAUCCAGACACUACAUACACUACUACUUUCACUACUACAGAUUCCAAUGGUUAUGUUGCAACUGAUUCCGGAGUUGUUGUUGUCAGUGUUGAUUCUUCUGGUACUGAAACUAGUACAUCCUUAUUCCCUACCUCAAGUGAUCCAGACACAACUUAUACCACCACUUUCACUACCACCGAAUCUGAUGGUUUUGUUGCUACUGAUUCUGGUGUUGUUGUUGUUAGUGCUGGUUCUGAUACCACUGUUACUUCGACUUCAUUAUUCCCAACUGAAAGUGAUCCUGAUACUACAUACACUACCACUUUCACUACCACCGAAUCUGAUGGUUUUGUUGCUACUGAUUCUGGUGUUGUUGUUGUUAGUGCUGGUUCCGAUACCACUGUUACUAGUACCUCGUUAUUCCCAACUGAAAGUGAUCCUGACACAACUUAUACCACCACUUUCACUACCACCGAAUCUGAUGGUUUUGUUGCUACUGAUUCUGGUGUUGUUGUUGUUAGUGCUGGUUCCGAUACCACUGUUACCAGUACCUCGUUAUUCCCAACUGAAAGUGAUCCUGACACAACUUAUACCACCACUUUCACUACCACCGAAUCUGAUGGUUUUGUUGCUACUGAUUCCGGUGUUGUUGUUGUUAGUGCUGGUUCUGAUACCACUGUUACUUCGACUUCAUUAUUCCCAACUGAAAGUGAUCCUGAUACUACAUACACUACCACUUUCACUACCACCGAAUCUGAUGGUUUUGUUGCUACUGAUUCUGGUGUUGUUGUUGUUAGUGCUGGUUCUGAUACCACUGUUACUUCGACUUCAUUAUUCCCAACUGAAAGUGAUCCUGAUACUACAUACACUACCACUUUCACUACCACCGAAUCUGAUGGUUUUUUGUUGCUACUGAUUCUGGUGUUGUUGUUUACCUCGUUAUUCCCAACUGAAAGUGAUCCUGACACAACUUAUACCACCACUUUCACUACCACCGAAUCUGAUGGUUUUGUUGCUACUGAUUCUGGUGUUGUUGUUGUUAGUGCUGGUUCUGAUACCACUGUUACUUCGACUUCAUUAUUCCCAACUGAAAGUGAUCCUGAUACUACAUACACUACCACUUUCACUACCACCGAAUCUGAUGGUUUUGUUGCUACUGAUUCUGGUGUUGUUGUUGUUAGUGCUGGUUCUGAUACCACUGUUACCAGUACCUCAUUAUUUCCAACUGAAAGUGAUCCUUUUACCGAAUACACUACUACUUUUACUACUACUGAGUCUGAUGGUUUUGUCGCCACUGAUUCUGGUAUUGUUGUUGUGACUACCAAUAGUGAUGGUUCUUUAACUACAAGCACCUCAUUAUUCCCAACCGAAAGUGAUCCUGACACCACAUACACUACUACCUUCACUACUACAUAUUCAACUGGUUAUGUUGCCAGUGCUGAAAGUGACACUACCAUUACUUCUACUUCGUUAUUCCCAACUUCAGGUCCUUCAAUCAGCAGUACUUCAACGAUUGAUUUACGAGUAUCAUCAUCUGGAAGUUCUUCAACAUUCUCAUCUGUUAACUAUUUCAAUAGUUCAAGUUCUAUUAGCGAUACUUUCACUGAAUACACCACCACUUUCACUAGUACAGAAUCGAAUGGUGCUGUUGAUACUGAUUCUGGAGUGGUUAUUGUUACAACUAACUCUGGUGGUAGCUUAUAUACAACUACUUCCUUAUUCCCUCCUUCAUCUCCAACUACUUCUUCAUCGCCAAGUGUUGCUUCAACCUCGACCACAUCUUCGUCAUCAUCUACUUCUUCGUCAGCUCCAAGUUUCAUUUUCACUGCUAUUGAUGCUAUUGAUUUCAGUCAAGAGGGUUCUAUCUCAUCUGCUCUUCCUUUAGCCCCAUUAUGGACUGCUACAGUUGCAUGGCAAAUGACCAUCGAUCACACUGUUGGUGCUGCGUUUUCAUUAAGCUUACCUGAUGUUCUUGGUAUCUACAAUACCAAUUAUGGUACUACUAAACGUGAUACCAUUAACGCCAUUUAUCUUGAAGCCGAUGGUGUGAAUUAUGCUGAAUGUAUUGCCACUCCAGGUUCAUUAGAAGCUGUGAAUUCUGCUUUACAAUGUACUAUCUUAGAGGUGGCUACUUCUUUCACCACUGGUACUAUUGAACUUCCACUUGUGUUCAAUGUUGGUGGUUCAUCAAGUGCAAGUGAUAUUGACGCUGCUAAUAUUUUAAGUGCUGGUACACAAACUAUUUCAUUCACAACUGGUGACAGUAGAGUGCUCCUGUAUGAUGUUACCUUCGAUGCUGGUUCUCCAUCUCCAGAUGAUCCAGAAGAUAUUGUGUUUGCAGUCAGAACUUUGGAAUGGGAUAGCACUAAUGCUUACUAUCUCCUUGGUGGUAACUGUCCUACUUCAUAUGGUUUCGGUAAACUUUCGUUAACUGUUGAUGAUGGUACUCUUAACUGUGAUACAUGGGAGGCUAAAAUCACCAAUGAUCUUAAUGAUUGGUAUCUUCCAAAAUCCGCUCAAAGCUUUGGAUCUAUCAGUUUAGAAAGUUGUAGUGGAAAUGAAAUUGUUGUCAAUUAUGCCAAUGUCCCAGCUGGAUACAGAGUAUUCUUAGAUGUCAUUGGAUCACCUGAUGGAUUCAAUAUUGGUGCUACUUACAGUGACGAGCAUACUUGUGGUGCUGCUGUAUCUGGUGGAAGUUCUAGUACUUUUGUCACUACCAAUUCAGCCGGUGAAAGUGUAACAGGAACUGCUGUCGUAGUUGUUACUUCAGACAUCACUGUCACAGUGACUGAACCAUGCAGUCAAUAUGGUACUACUGUUGUUACCACACUUCCAAAUGGACAAGCUACAACUCAAUCCGCUGAAGUUAUUGUUUCUACUAAUGAUGAAGGAAGUCUUUAUACUACUACAUCAUUAUUAGCUGGACCAACUGUAUACACCACUACUGUUGUUACUACUGAUACUGUUGGUGUUCCAUGUACUGAGACUGCCGCUAUUAUCAUUUCAAGUUCUGAAGGUUCAUUAUAUACUGUUACUUCUAUCAUUGGUGGAGGUGAAGCUGCUGAAUCUACUCCUACUGGAACUGGUGCCACUGCUGCUACCCCCACUGCUCCUGUUGCCCCUGCUGUUCCAACUACAGCUACUACUCCAGCAGCACCGGUUGUGACUACUAAUACCAUAGCUGCACAAUCUGGUUCUACCACAUCAUCUACUCCAAGUGUUCCUCCAACGUACGAAAGCUCAUCUUCAAAUAAACAAGUUAACAACUAUAUGUUAAUGAUAUCCGUCAUAAGCGUUUUUAUGGCUUUCGUUUUCGUUUAA